AUGCCGUCGGACACCGUCGGCAACGGGGCUCUGGUCCCCUUCUCCGGAGACCCGCCGGCGGUAUACCCACUCCAUCAUGGCCUCGCCCCUCCGAUUCGUCGCCUCUCCAUUUCCUGGUCCCGCGGUAACUCCCUCCGCCUCUCCCUUUUCGCCGCCGCCGCUACCAAGGUUGUCGAAGUUAAGCUCACCGCUGAAGAUCCAGAGAUCUCCGACGCUCACUGGCGUCGAAUUGCCUACGGCUCUGUUGCGCCCUUCGCGCUGCUCCAGAGUCGGAGGAGCUCUCUUUCCGCUCUCUUGAAGACUCCUUCUCCGUAUCAUUCGGAUUGGUGGGAGAAUGUCCUUCAGUAUAGCAAGGAGAUAGGUUCUCUUCUUGGGGGGUCAAAGUUGCCCCCAAGUCCUAUAAUUGAGGACUCAAACACAAUUGUAAAGAGUGGUGAAGAGCCAACAUCUAUGAAAGCUGCGUGGGAGUUAAUUGAAAUAUUUUAUGUGGACAAGCAAUCUCAAGCAUGGCUACCUGAAAGGCUCGUUGAUUGGUUAGCUGAUUAUGACAGCCUAUUUACAAGUACUUAUGAGACAAUUCAUGGCAAGCUUGUGGAUUUUCAGAAAGAAUUAGUCAACAUACAGAUAUCUCAUUUUCUUUUAGAGCCUCAUUCCAUAUGGCAUCAGGUGAUUGAGGAUGAUCCCAGAUAUUGGGACUUGUUGUCAUCUGCACUCUCAGUUGGUUGGCUUGAAAUUGUGGUGAAAAUGCUGCGGUUGCAUGGAUCUUACCAAUUAGAUCAGCUCAGUAAUCGGGAGUAUCAUUGUGCUUUCCAAGCCCAGUUGAAUGUGAAAUCUAAAACUAUUGCUGUUACUGUCUCUAAAUUUCAUUUAGAAAAUGGACUUGUAGAGGCUGUUGCUGUUCUUAUUUCCAAAAUGCCCCGCUUGUGUCCUGAAUCUGUUGGAAAAUUUGGCGAAUUCUAUAAAUCCAAGCCCGACUUUAUAAAGCCCUGGGAAAAAUGGAGGUUGCAAAUUACAAAACUGGAUUGCAGUCCAAUCUGGAUUCAGUGUGAUAAUCAACAAACACGUGAGGGCCUGAGAAAUUUGCUACAAAUUAUGCUGGGUAACACUGAUAGUCUCUGCAUGGCUACAUGUUAUUGGAUUGAAUUAUAUAUUUCUCAUUUUCUAUACAUCAGGCCAUUUACAAUGGGAAUAGAAAGCAUGUAUAAUUUGGCCCAGAAAUGCAUCCAGUUGAAACCACAAUCUAAUACCCAUAGGUUGGCAAGACUUAUGAUUGGGAUUCUUGAAGAAAAUACUGAGGUUGUUUUAGCUGAGUGUUCCAGAGAAUUUGGCCCUUGGUUGGUGGCACAUGCCAUAGAAUUGUUGACUGCAGGGAGUGAGCAAGCAGAGAUUCUUCUGCAUGAGGAGCGGUAUAACUUGGGGGGAAUCAGCAUAGUGGAACUACAUCGGCUUGUAUAUGCUCAAAUUCUAUCCUCACAUACAUUGACCUGGCAAAUAGCUCCAAUAUAUUUAACAUCAUGCAUGAAGCAAGGAAUGGGCUUGUUAGAGAAUUUAUUGUCUAGGCAAUCUGUUCAACACAAUAACGUGUUGCUUAAGAAUAUCGAGAUAUGCCGUUUGUAUGAGCUCGAUCAUAUUAGUUCAAACAUCAUGAAGAUUGCUGGAGUAUAUCGUUGGAAGCAUGGUCAUAAGGGUGCUGGAGUAUUCUGGCUUCAACAAGCGGAAGAUGCAAGUUGUCUUGAUAGGAUUGCCCAACAGUUAUUUGAUUCUGUUGGGAAGUCAAUAUCUGAUGAAAGCUUCAAGCAAUGGGAAGGCAUGAUUGAACUACUGGGUUCUGAAUCUAAGCAUGCUGGGGGUCUUGAAUUUUUGCACAAGUAUAGGGAUUUCAAGAAAUCCCUUCAGAAGGUAUCUGGUAGAAAAUCAACUGAUACAGCCAGACAAGCUGUAGGCUCCCUCAUACUGCUUAUGAAAAAUCCAUCGACUCCUCAGCGCUUUUGGCUGCCUCUUCUGUAUGACUCGUUAAAGCUGCUUAAUUGGAAGGAUUGCCCUCUUUUAAGUGUCUCUGAGACUAAUCUUCUGUUGAACAAACUUCAAGAUUUAUCUCUGGCGAAGCUGCGCCCUCACUAUUCUGAGCCUAAUUUACCCUCUGAUGCACUGAGCUCUAUUAGGCUGGCUCUAGCUACAAAUCUUGGUCGAGCCAUACUUGAUGAAUAG